UAUUUUCCCCAGACCCGUCUUUACAUUGAUGGAAAAAUGGUUAGUGAACGAGAACAGACUGAUCUUGGCAAGUUUAUCCAGUUUGGAGGCAGUCAGCCAGAUACUUCUAAAUUAUCUAAGCCUGGUCACGGAAAAAUUGCUCAUUUUGGUAAAUCAUUAACAUAUAAUAAAAAAGUUGAAAAG